CUCAUUUUCAAUGACGGCCUAACAGUGGGUUAACUGCCUGUGAAAAAUGAUAUCCCCCUACAUCCCGACCCACUGCCUGAUUCUAUCCCCUGACCGAUUCCCUCUUUUGUUUCCAGAAUGACAACAGCAGACAGAAAUAGAAUCUUCUCCACCGUGCAAUGCCAUAAAUCGCUGCUGCCUGCCUGCCCAUCCUGGCCAGCAGCUGUGGCUCCCUCCUUCUUUCCCUCCCUCCCUUUCUCCUCAGUGCUAAUGGACGCUAGUCUUCAGCCAAGCUGCAUGUAGAGAGAGGGAGAAGGCUACUGUCGGAUGGUGUUUGAUGGUGACCCUUGUCUGUUUAAUUGUUUCUAGAUAAAUCUCCAUUUGACUGGUUGGAUUUCCCUCUUUUCAUUGCCAAGAGUCCCUUGUUUGCUUUCCCGUCUUGUUAGGAGAAAUUGGAAUGUACAAAAAUCACAUAAAAGAUACGAACAACAACUACAAUAAAAGCCUUCUCCCUGACCACAAGGAGAAGCUGAUCCAGGCUAUUAAAAGAAUAAAGCAUGAGGUAGACGAGUGCUGGGAGGCAGAGAGAGAGACGUACAUAUGGUCUCUUGGUGUAGAGAGAUGUUUUGAUAAUCUGGAACGGGAGGUGCGAGCUGAGUUCCAGAACCUCCAUCGCUUCCUGGACGAAGAGGAGACCAUGGACAUGGAGCGACUGAAGAAGGAGAAAGAGAAGAGGGUGAAGCUGCUUAGGGAGAGAGAGAAGAAGAUCGCCAUGCAGGGAAGAGAUCUAGAGAGAGGCAUUGCCACGCUCAACAACAAACUGGCCGAGGAAGACAGUCCCAAACUGCUCAAAGAGAUUCAAGACCUCUUGAAAAGGUCCCAGGUGGCUUUCAUACCCCCUCCGCAGGUGGAUGUGGAGGUGCGAUCAGCACACUUUGUGGGGCCCAUCCAGUACAGGAUAUGGAAACACAUGAAGAGCUGCCUGUACCCAAAUAUCACUGAAGUGACCUUUGACCCAGAGACAGCCCACCCCCUCCUCACCCUCUCCCCCAGCUGCACUUCUGUGUGGUUCGAGGAGGACAAAGUUAUCCCCAAGGCCUCAGAGGAGGAGCAGCCCCCGAACCCCCGCUGCUUCCACUACUACUACAGUGUCAUGGGCCGAGAAGGUUUCAUCACCGGACGCCAUUACUGGGAGGUGGAGGUGGGCCGCAAGACAGCAUGGCGGCUGGGUGUGGCCAGGGAGGACGUCCACCGGGGGGAGAUGGACUCCAGCGGGACCAGUAACGGUCUCUGGACCCUAUCCCUGAAGGGAGGGGCCAUCUUGGCCUGUACAGACCCCAAACCCACCAAGGUCCCGGUGUCCAUCAGGCCCGUCCGGAUCGGAGUGUUCUUAGACUGUGAGAAGGAGGAAGUAGCGUUCUAUAACGCUGUUACCAUGACGCCGCUGUACACAUUCUCCAUGGAAACAGUGUUCGUUCCGCUGAUCCCCUUCUAUAACCCGUGUGACACGGACAAUGGGAGGAACCUGGGUCCCCUAAACCUCUUCAGCCCCUCUAUAUGAAAGUACAGAGAACCAAGGAGAACCAAGGUUGCACUGGAGUAUAUUUCGUUUGGGGAUGCGGUGGAAGGAUAGAGAGAAUUUGUAAAUGGUUUGUUUUAUACAGUGUGUGUUUCUGGUAUAAUUUCAUAGCUGGCUGGAAGUAUGAUGUAAAUUGUAUCAGUUAAAAAAUCCAAUGAGUUUAUGAUAUGCAUUUACAUUUUACCAGGGAAGGCUGGUGUGAGGAGCUAUAGGAGGAUGGGCUAAUUGCAAUGGAAUGGAAUCAAUGGAACGGAGUCAACGAGGUUUCCAUAUGUUUGAUGUGUUUGAUACUGUUCAAUUUAUUCCAUUCCACCCAAUACAAUGAGCCCAUCCUCCCACACGCCUCCACUGACAUGUACCUAACCAGCUCUAUGGUAUAGCACUAUCAAUUCAUGUUUAUGCCAUUGCGUUCAGUUGUUUGCAUUGUGGUUUUAAUAUUGACAUUUUAUUGGCAUUAAAUACACAAAUAAAUAGGUAAACAAUUUAACACAAAACCUUGGUCUGUGCUUAUAACACCAGAAUGUGAUAUUUUUGUCAUAUUGUCACAUAAUAGGUUAUGAAUGUAGAAAAACCAGACUAAGGUAUCGAAAACAAGUCCCAAAAAUGAGCAAAGGCCAAAUGCCAGUAUCCUAGUGGGGGUAGAUACCACGGGGCCUCAGGACUUAACAGGAGGGGUUAACUGCACAAUGAUGUUACCUUUGGCCCAUCUAUAAAUACUGUGGUCAUGCAUCCACAGCUGUGACACUUUGUCUGCAGUCCAAAUGUCACCCUAUUCCCUAUAUAGUGCACUACUUCUGACCAGGGCCCAUGGGCCCUAGUAAAAUGUAGUGCACUAAAUAGGGAAUAAGGUGCCAUUUGGGAUGUAUCUAUUGUGGCAUGGGUAUGGGAGAAAUGUAGGGGAGGGGGGUGGGAAGAGGGAGGAAGAGGACACACAGGGUGACACUGGAGAGUGUGACACUGUGGGAAAACAACUAAAUGUGUGUGACAUUGAGUAAGAUGACUGACGUGAGGUAGCAUGACAACACCGUCACAUUUACAGAGACCAAGGCUUCCUCAGUGAGCGUGGCCAUUAGUAUGAUAUCUUACACUAUGCACGGUGUGCCAGAUAGACAGCUAGGAGAAAAGUGCUCCACGAAAUGAGAUCGUAAAAUCUAAGUACACACACGUUAUGGCCUGCCUGCCUACCCGAAUAACAUUAUGACAAAUUCAAAGCUUUGGAAAAGUACAGAAUCAAUGACAAGGAAAGGACACUAGAUUUUUUUCUCAUAAUCUUUUGUUUAUUCUUCGUUAUGUUUUUUUAGACAUGAAAUAAAGAAAAUAACACCUUUCCUUUACAAAACGCCUGUGUGUUGUGUUGUGAAAAAAGGGAGGAGGGAGAUCAACAGACUACAGAGCGCUACACACUCCAUCACAGCAGAAGGAGUAAACAGACAGAAUCAGAAUCAGGGCAGAGAGAGAUCACUCACAUAGUGCAAGGAACGCCAAUGAGAACACUGGUGUGAAUUUGGGGAGGUCUGUCCCAGCCAGGGAGGGAAUUGAAUCCACAACCUUCUGGUUCCAAGACCCAGACACUAACCAACCAUCCCAAAUAGGGUAGGUUUGUUACAUUACCCCCUCUUUUGGGAAGCGCUAUAAUGCAGUAGUGGUAUAAAACAUGUCAAAUUCAUCCACAUGCACAUCUCAGUUCCACUUCAGGAGGGCUAGGUCUCAAAUACUGUUUGAGGCUUUUGCAUCCAUUUUUAAUUCAACCUGCUGUUUACAUACAAAUAGUGCCACUGAAUUCCCAAGAUGAACAGCAGUUACUGUCUCACCAAGUUACACAAUACACUUCAACAUGAUGUUAUCCAUCUCAUGCUAAUGCACAAUCAAAUAAACCCCGACAACCAAAUGGCAAGCAACUAGGUAAUUUAUCACUCUUCCAAUCAUGACUGAGUGUCUGAGUGCUUUAUAUGAAACACUUCCUGUCCUGACUACAAUAUUCUGUAUCUCCUGACUGUGUUAUGUCUAUAUAUGCAGUACAGUAGACCUAUAAGGUAGUCAGGUCUGCAUAUAGUACUUUACCGCGGUUUAGCCUGAGACCACCCUACAUCAUAUAAACCAAACGGUGCCUCUUGGAGUGUAUUUAUAGAAUAUAGGCUGACUAGCCAUUGAAUAUUUGAUUUCAUAUUUGAGGCACUAAAUCAAAGAUGAGAGUCAUCUGGUGUAGAGCACCUCAGAGGUGCAGGUUUGUGUGAUGUUAACCACAUACUGAGUCUGGACAAACACAGACCGGUUUCUAAACAAAUGUUAGAUGAUAAGCAGAUCAUUGAGGACAAUCAUUUCUAAGCAUGGAUAUGUGAAGUCGACAUACAGCUGAAGUUGUGAUUUUCUUUUCAUUGCACACACAUAGGCUAGAGGCUUAUACCUAGACACAGAUACAAAAUGAUGUGUCACACGCACGCAGGCAUGCACACAACACGGGCACGCACAACACACACAGGUACAAUCACACACACAGGUACAAUCACACACACACACAUAGGUACAAUCACACACACAGGUACAAUCACACGCACGCACGCACGCACACACACACGCACACACACAUACACGUUAGGAUGAAGAUAACAGUAUGACUGAUCAAUCCUCCAAACACACACAGACAGCUUUUAUAAAAGCAGAAAAAUAUGAAUAAUAAUAAUACUGUCUUUGAGGAGAUCAUGUGGACAUGCUGCAAUAAACGUCUUUAUCUUUAAAGUGACAUAGAUCAUUCUGUAUUUUUUAAAUAUAUAUAUAUAUAUAUAAGUUAUGUAAUGGUGUUAUACUGUGAGUGUUAUCAUCAUAGGGUUGAAAUAGUACUAAUAAAAGUUAAUCCAAUCAAAAUAUUUUAGAGAUCUAUUCGAAGAUCCGUGACACGGAAAAAUAUGCACUUAUUCAGUUGUGUUUACGAUUUUCAGUUGUUCAAGUUGUAUUUUAUAAGUUAGUGAAGAUUAGUUUGUAUGUAUACAGUAUAUUCAAUAAUCAGCAUGUAGGCUUUGCACAGGUGAGAAAUUAGAUUAGCUUUUUUAUAUCAUCAAGUACAAUACAACGACCAUUCUAUACACUAAACACAUUCAACCUUUGAGAGGAGACUUUUAAAACCUUACACAUGCAAUAUUUACAAUGCUGAACCUCGUCAGCAGCGUCAUAAGGGAGUGUUUGUGUGUGUGUGUGUGUGUGUGUGUGUGUGUGU